AUGUCACCGCUUCUAAAGGAUUAUCUGAAUCAGCGAAUCGUAAUUGUGACCACGGAUGGCGAUUGUUACAUAGCCACGCUCGAGGGCUACGAUAAGAGUGUAAAUUUAUUGAUUUCAGAUGUUCGAAGACGGUCUGAUGGGGAGCUGGUCAGCAUUGCACUUACACUUCGUGGGAGUGAGGUGGUUCUCUGUGGAUUAUUAACUAAUGACCAGCCAGAAAAGCUGGGACCGCUGCCGAUGCUCAAGGAUACCAAGAAUAAGAUUGCAGAUGAGUACCUGAUAUGGGAAGAAGCAUUGAAGACCAGCUCGUCUAGGUAA